UCUGGACCCUACGUCAUCAUUGUGUCUGAGUAGGGAGGCUAGCUAAAGCUCGCUGUGUCCCAUUGGUCGCCUCCGUCAAUGUAAACAUGUAGCCGUGGCACCACUUUAACCUCACUUAUAUUCACCGGUGUUUUCCUGUUUGUUAACCAGUAAGUCAGCAGUCUCAGUAACCAUGGCCGUGUCGCUGAAAAUAGCAGUUUCGGAACCGGGGCAGUGCAGUGUGAGCUUGAUAACUAGCUAGCUAAGACUGAGGAGCUAACACUCACCGGGCCGUGUGUUUUGGAUGAGAGCUGGCCUUGCUAAUUUGACAGCUAGCUGGCGGCGGCCACGAUAAAAAGAAAAUCGGGCUAAGUCUUGGUUAGCCAAACGAAGGAGGAUGGCAAGUAAUGCAAUCUAGCGAGGACACACAUCGAGAAGUGGAGAAAGAAAAUGAAGAACUCGAGAAGUGUUGGUGCCUCGUCACCUGUGAAUGGGAAGCAAGGCAACGACUGGGACACCAGGCGGAAGAGGAAAGUUGCGGACAUCACACAGGCCCUUAGUGCGAGUCCGGUGGAUGUGGCAGCUUUGAGGAGGAUGGCUAUCAGUGAAGGAGGACUGCUGACCGAUGAGAUACGCUGUCAAGUCUGGCCUCGGCUUCUCAACGUCCCCCUUCACGUCUUGGAUCAAGAGCCAGAAACGGUGGAGCGGGAGAAUAACAAGGACUACAACCAGGUGUUGCUGGAUGUCCAGCGCUCGCUGCGGAGGUUUCCACCUGGUAUGCCAGAUGAGCAGAGGGAGGGUCUUCAGGAAGAGCUAAUUGACAUCAUCCUCCGGGUUCUGAAACGUAAUUCCCAGCUGCACUACUACCAAGGAUACCAUGACAUUGUUGUCACCUUCUUAUUGGUCCUGGGAGAGCGCCUUGCAACUGCUCUUGUGGAAAAGCUCUCCACGCAUCAUCUCAGGGACUUCAUGGAUCCUACCAUGGACAACACAAAACACAUUCUUAACUAUUUGAUGCCCAUCAUUGACAGGGUCAACCCUGAAGUGCAUGACUUCAUGCAACAGGCCGAGGUGGGCACAGUCUUCGCUCUCAGUUGGCUGAUCACCUGGUUUGGCCACGUUCUGUCAGACUUCCGCCAUGUUGUCCGGUUGUAUGACUUCUUCCUGGCCUGCCAUCCUUUGAUGCCCAUCUACUUUGCUGCUGUGAUCGUACUGUACAGAGAAGAGGAGGUGCUGGACUGUGAAUGUGAUAUGGCCAUGGUUCAUCACUUGCUGUCUCAGAUUCCCCAGGAUCUGCCAUAUGAAACACUCAUCAGCCGAGCAGGAGACCUCUUUGUCCAGUUCCCUCCCUCUGAACUGGCCAGAGAGGCUGCCUCACAUGACAGCAUGGCGUCCUCUACCUUUAAGGACUUUGACCUUGCGUCCACUCAACAGCGACCGGACUCUGUUCUCCGUCGCCGACGCAGACAGAAACAGGCUGCACUGGAAAGCGCGGCGGCGAGCUCAACAGUGGCCCGACCUUCAGCAGCACGGCGGUUUGUUCGACUAGCAGUCAUGGGUCUGACAGUGGCUUUAGGGGCAGCAGCUCUCGCUGUGGUCAACACUGCCCUGGAGUGGGCCCCCAAACUGGACUUGUUUCCUUGAACUGCUCCUAUUUUAUCCCUAUGCCACAAAUCUGUCCUUGACCAAAUCUAACUGGUGGGUCUGUUUCCAAGAACCCUCUAAUUAUUUAAACCACAAACCCUGCAGUCCAUAACACUAUCUGGAGUGUACAUUUGUCUCUAAACUGAACCAGUUAACGCACCUCUUUCAUCCUCCAGGAUGUUUCUACACAUCCUAUGUAGGGUCUUUUUUUAUGACUCCUGAAGAGCCCACACCAGUGUAACUGUUGAAAUGAAGAAUCCUGUUAUAAUGGAGAGACUGUAUUUCUAAGAACUAUGACUGAUGGUGUCAUCAUUAAAGUGUAUUUAUAUUUGGUAUUAGGAUAAUCUGAUAUUGAGUUAUGCUCACAGAGAUUUAUGCUGAAAGCUUGGUGGACUCACUACACUUGAAACUGCUGCCAAUUAAGAGAGCUGGAGUGAAUGUAUGAGAGUGUAUGUAUGUGUGUGUAUGGUCACAACCCAUUUGUUAUCUAUUUGAUACCUGGACUGAGACCAAAUAGAGGAUUGUUAGAAUCCUCUUUGUAUAAUUUACUGUUUUUUUUUAUUUAUAGGUAUGCAAGCAGCUGUAAAAAAACAUGGCCAUGACACACAAACACUUUUUAAGGUCUCUAUUUUAUUAUUUUUUUUUAGGUUAUUUUGUCCCUUUUCAGUUGUUUGAAUAGGCCGUUUUGGUCAAGAAAAAUUUAUUUAUUUAUAUUUUUCCUUUCUGCGGCUCGUUAUCUUUAAAACAGUUGUCACCCUGGACUACACAUUUUAAUUCUGGCUCAUGGUUGGGGUCAGCUAAACUUAACUGUAAGAUGUUUUAAACUAAAUGUGGUGUUAAUGAAGUAAAUGUAUUGUAGCGUGCUGAAGAGAGAGUAUUAGGCCCCAGAAAGGAGUACUGCUUUCACAGUCUACAAAGUAAAAAAAAAAAUCAACCAUAUUGAAAUUGUUUUAUUAGAGCUUCCCAAAUACUUCACUCACUUAAUUGUUUAGUUGUGUAACCUUAAAGAUGUGUCUGGGUGUCAUGGCCCCAAAUGACAAGGGUAGGUUUUCUGCGUCACUUUUAUGGAGUAAAAGUUGUAGUUCAGCAACACACUCACUCACUCAAUGCCUGGUAACAGAAAAUAUCAAAGCUGGGAUGAAUAGCAAGUAAAAUGAAGUAGACACUAUAGUCCUUGUGUUGGGAUGGGGGCGGGGGACCCAGUUUGCACUGACUGCAUUUGUUUUGCAAAAUCACUUUAUAAUGAGUUUGAUAGGCGUUUUGUGCUCUCCUACUGUAAGGGUGCUCCUAUCAGAAAAAGCGCCUGAGCCUUCAAAUUAAUGCUAUCCAAUGUUUCUGUUUUAAAGAUGACAUUAGCUUUAUUUGUAACACAUGCCAUUUAGCAAGUUGGAUUGCUUUGAGUGUAGCAUUUGCAUUUCAGGGGCAGUCCAGCUCAUUCCAUUGUUCCAGUCAUUUUCAUUCAGUCACAUAGUUGGAGUAAUAGGGGAUUGUUUUGGUUACAGUCGUAUGGCACUCACCGGAAUAGCCAAAAAACUAAAUAGUAAAUAGUUUAAUCAGAGCACUUCAUUUUAAGGCAGUGGGUCAUCUGUAAUCUUUAAGAUGUAUUUUGAAGUCUUCAGAAUUAUUGACUGAGUUUAAGGUCACCUGCAAUGUACGGCACAACAACCAGUCAACUAAAAAAAAAUUACACGUUGAAAGAAGUUUUCUUUUUGCUAUAGUAGGGACAGAAUAUCUGGGCAUCUCAUUUCUAUAUUAUAGUUGACUGGUUAAUUGCCUUUGUAGAGCCACGUUUUAAGCUGGUAUUUAAUCUACAAACUCCUAAAAAAUUAAGGUGACCUGGAACAUGUCCAAGGACGCUCUGAGGUGCCUGAGAGUGUAGUUGUUCAGCAGUAUUGUAAUGCACCAUGUAUCUGCUCUCAGUGGUUUUCAUUGCACUAAUUGAUUUAACUGCCUUUUAUGUUUAUUUUGUUAUAAUGAAUCUGUCAUACUAAUGUAAAGUUGUACAAGAGAAUGCUAAUAAACUAGAGUGAAACUGUUCAA